AUGGAAGAUUAUGAUAAAACUAGAGCUUUAACUAAUUGAUAUAGUGUCACUUAUGGACAAAUGAUCAGCGAUAUCUUAUUUAGAAACCCGAAACUAAAUAUUGAUGAUAUUCCUAAAGAAAAAUGUGCAAUUUGUCAAUUUGAUUUUGAAGAAAAAGAUGCUGACAUUGUCCUUUUAAGUAAAUGUGAAGGGCAUUUUUUCCAUGCUAGCUGUAUUGACUGCGCAAGACAAGGGGGAGAAUUUAUAAUAUGUCCAGUCUGCAAAAUCCCAUACGGUGUAGAGAAGGGGAAUAUGCCUUCUGGAACUAUGAAUGUAAAAUAUAAAAAUCACUCCAGAUUAGAUGGAUUUCCUGGAGUUGGGGUAAUUGAAAUUACAUAUGAAUUCAAAAAUCAGAAUGCAAACGGGCAUUAUAUUGCAGGAAUUACUUACCUUACUUAAUAAUGCAUAUAUAUUAAAAUGGCAACAUGUGCCCACCUGCCCUCUUGAUGAUACAGUCCAGACCUCACGGCUACCGUAAACUGGGACAGAUUCUGAGCCGAGAAUCAAGUGCAGGCUAAAGAGAUGUAUCCGGAUAGGUUUUGUCUGUUUUCUGUGGUUGGAAAUGGAGGCGCUUAAUGCUUCCUUUUGGAUCCAAUGACUCAUGGGCAUUCCUCUGCCGAGAAACUGGAGGUUUCAGCCCAGGUCAUGGGAGUCGUCUUUUUCCCUAUAGCUGUCAAAGAAAGUCAAAAAUUUUCUCCAAUAUCAGAAAAAUCUUAUGAAGUCAUUUUGUUAUGCUUCAGGAAUUAAAAGAACAGCGUAUUUGCCAGAUAGCCGAGAAGGAAACGAAGUAUUGUCUAUGCUUGUAGAAGCAUUCGAAAGAAGAUUGACAUUUAAAAUAGGAACAAGCAACAAAGAUUUUUUUAAUAAAAAAUUAUUAAAAAAUAUAAAAAAAAUAAUUUUAAGCUCCAAAACAAGCAUAACAACUGGAAUGGAAAAUUGUAUCGUAUGGAGCGGAAUUCAUCAUAAAACAAGCCGCAGUGGUGGAGUUGUCGCUCAUGGAUAUCCAGAUCCUACUUAUUUGAAAAGGGUAAAAGAAGAAUUAAAUUCUAAAGGAAUUUUUUAG